AUGGCUGUUCAGUCAGACCCUCCAGAUGUAAACUUAACUCGUUUUUGGGAGCUUGAGGAGCUUUCAGAUGCUGUGGUCCUGUCACCAGAAGAAAAGGCUUGUGAAGAACAUUAUUCUCGCUAUACCAAGAGAAAUGCUGAUGGAAGGUAUGAAGUUAGAUUGCCAUUCAACAAUAAGAAAUCGGCUUUGGGUGAGUCUUACUCGUCUGCGCUAAGACGUUUCUAUGCAUUAGAGCGAAAGUUUCAGCAGAAGCCUGAUGUUCGAGAUGAUUAUGUGGCUUUUUUGAACGAAUAUAUAUCUUUGGGACAUAUGUCACUGGCCGAUGAUCAAGAAGCAAAAAAAAAAGGAUUCUUCCUUCCUCAUCAUGCUGUUGUAAAGGAAGACAGCGUAACUACAAAAGUUCGCGUUGUUUUUGAUGGUUCUGCUCGAACUUCUACCGGGGUUUCAUUAAACGAUACUCUCAUGGUUGGACCUAAACUACAAGAUGAUUUAUUUAUUAUUCUCAUGCGCUUUCGUUCUCAUACUUAUGUGCUUACUGCAGACGCUGAAAAAAUGUAUCGGCAAGUGCGUGUUAAUUACGACGAUGACCAAUAUCAAAAAAUUCUGUAUCGCGCAAAUUCAAUUGAGCCUAUUCAGACAUAUGUGCUUAAUACAGCAACAUAUGGCACUACUAGCGCUCCGUAUUUAGCUAUUAAAACAUUAUUUAAAUUAGCUGAAGAUGAGCAAAAUAAUUUUCCUAUCGCAGCUCAAGUGCUGCGCAAAGACUUUUACGUGGAUGAUUUACUCUCAGGUGCAGAUACGAUUUCUGAAGCAAUCAUUUUGCGUGAUGAACUCAUCGCGAUGUUAAAAAAAGGUGGAUUUUGUCUAAGAAAAUGGGCUUCAAAUCACCCGUCAAUGCUUAUCAAGAAUUAG